GUCUGAGAUUGUUUCUCCCUCCGUCGUUGACCCGAGCGAUUCUCGUGAAGUUGUGAUCAACCCCCUCAUCCCCCAGGACCAUUUGCCUCUCAUGGAUAUGAGCAUGUUCCUUGAUGUUGGCCUGAUGGAUGGAAAAGACUCGGUCCCACAGGGUGAUUUUUUUCCGGAUGCCCUUGAUGUUUGCGAUUCCGCAACACCCCCUCCCCCCGCGUUUCCCGUGAUGAGUGAUGACUUGGAGUGCCUGAAAGGUUUUGUUGCUGGAUGCAGUGAGCAGCAGACCGUAGCUCCCCCCUCUCUCUCGCAUGCCUUGGCGAUUAUCGCCCCCGGUGCUUCCCCAUUUUCGGUAGGAAAAUCCACGCCCACCAUCGACAUUAAUUUGUUCCAUGCCUCCACCGGCCAUGUCAACGAAUUCUUGAUGCGUGAAACGGCCAAGCAGCAGGGCGUACGAUUGGUGGGGGAGAUGCAGCCGUGUGUGGGCUGCGUGGAAGCGAAGGGUAGGCGGGCCCCGGUGCCGCGGCGUGGCACCCGCGCGGCGGUACCGUUCGGCAAAAUCCACAUCGACCUCACGGGCCCGUUCUCUGACGCGUUGGACGGCUCCCGGUAUCUGAUCAUGUUCGUGGACAGCGCAUCGCGGUGGCAACGGGGGUACGAGAUGCGGGCCAAGAGCGACACCCUGAAGUUCGUGCAGCGGUUUCUCGCCGACAUGAACGGCAUGGGCACUCCGGGGUGUUUCCGCAUGGACAACGGCGGCGAGUUCACCGGCUCCGCGUUCACCUCGUUCUGCGACGCUGCUGGCAUUCGGCGCGAGUACACCGCCCCCGACACCCCCAAGCAAAACGCGGUGGUCGAGAGCGCCAUUUGGCGCGCCAUGAAGGGGGGCCACGCCGCUCGCCGCCACAUCCUCGCCAUGGGCCACGUCGACCUCUCCUCCGUCCCCAACGUCGGCGUCAACGGACAUCGCCUGUGGCUCGCGUCGGCGCUGUGGGCAUCCGCCUGCUUCAACCGCUCGGCGACGAAGGCCAACCUGGGCUGGAUGUCUCCGUUUGAGGCGUUCUUCGGCCGGAAACCGCCCCUCACCGUCGUCCCUUUUUUCCAGGAGGGGAUGAUGCGCGUGAAGCGGGCUACCAAGGCGGACGUCCAAUCCGCGCGGUGCUUCUACCUGCACGGCGCCAACAACCACUCGACGUCUACCGCCGUCGUUCUUCGCGCUGACACCGGUCGCCUCGCCCUCACCAACAACGUCGUGUGGGUCAACCGCCGGGCAGGAGCGCCGGCGCCGGUGCCGGCCAUCGGGGGGGGUUCUUCGGUCACCGCGGCGCCCUCGCCGGGCGCCGCCGUACCUGCGGCCGCUGCCGCACCGCCGCCGCCCCCGUCGACAAGGAUGUACACAUACAUCCCGCCUGCACCACCGACCACCACACCGCCGCCGCCCGCUUCUCCGCCGAUCUUCACAGGAUCAUCAGCCCCGUCGCCGAUCUCCACGGCGUCGUCGAGUGCACCGCCGUCCACCGUAGCCACGCCGCCCCGUCCACCGCCGACACCACCGCCCGCAAGCGCCGCCGCUCCCGCUCCCCAUCACCCGCCGCUUUCACAGCGAGCCGUCAGAGAGUUGGGCGAGAAGGAAACCAGGGUACAUGGCCGUACGCGCGGCGACCGAGUGCGCUUCAUGGAUGAGCAACAGCAACCGCCGUCGCCGUCAGGUGGCGGCACCGCUCUCCACCACCGCCUUGGACUGUUGGCGAUGAUGGACAAGGACUCCCUCAUCUCGUCGCUGGCCACCCGCGAGGCCGUCGACCAAGGACGUGGGAGCUGGGGGGCCCGUGGAUUCCGGGGGGGGGGGAGACCGCACAUGUUCGCCUCGAUGUUCGCCACCCGCGAGGACGUGGACGCUGCUCUUCGCGCCGAGCGUCCUCCUGACAAGAUGCCGGACCUUCCUCACUGCCUCGCCAGCGACCUCCGAGUGCCGAAAACGUUGAAGGAGGCCAUGCGGUCUCAACAUUCAGAGUUGUGGGAUGAUGCAGUCGGUCGAGAGUUUUUCGGUUUGCUGGAUGCAGGAACUUUUAGUCCGGUGUAGCAACCAGUAGAGAACGCCAUCAAUGCCAAGUGGGUUUUUAACUGUAAAGCAGACGAGUACGGAUGGCCGACUAA